AUGGCGGACCACACCCACCUAGUUUAUGAUUUCUGGAACCAGUCUAACUCCGUUGCCCCAGAUAUUAUGCUGGAACCACCCAUGAUCCCUAAACCUAAAGUAGCUCCAUCUUCAUCUAGAAUGUUCUCUUGCCUCUAUUGUUCCCGUAAGUUCUGCACUUCUCAAGCACUUGGAGGACAUCAGAAUGCUCACAAACGAGAAAGAGCCGCUUCUCGCCGGAAUAUGUUCUCUACCGACCCUAACAAUAACAAUAAUAGGCUCCAAUUCCAUUUUCUUCACAACAACAAUGAGAAUGUGCCUCAACAACACAACAUCAUCAAUGCUAAUUACUCCUGCCAGCUCCAAGUCCAACCACCGCCUCCUUCAAACAAUAGCUUGUGCUCCUCCUCAUCCGCCGUUUUCUAUCCUCCGCCGAAUCAUGGAUAUUUUUCUACUACUGGUGAGGAUUUGUCAUUGUUCCCCAUUGAUGAACCCCAGCUGAAUCUCGACCUUACCCUUCGUUUGUAG